AUGAGGAAACCCGGCAUCGUACCACCACGUGGAGCACGGGGAGGGCACGAGGAAGCUGUUGACCUACAGGAGCGAGUAGAGGAUCCGCAUCCCCACAAAGGGAAUAAACCGCCGGGUUGGGGUUUGGUGGAUCCAGCAGCGUGGGAGCUGAUCUUCUAUGAGCCACGUGGAGGCACGGGGAGACACGUGGAGGGAUGUGAUUGGGGGAGGGGGAAAAGCGACCUUUGGAUGCGGUGA